AUGUGCGUCACCACGGACACAGUCCACGAGGCCUGCCGGCACGUCAUAAGCAUCACCCCCCCCUGCUUCGCCCGCCGCCACCCCGGCAUCCCCUUCACGCGCUGCAAACGCACCUCCAUCCUCUGCCCCUCCUGCGCCGCCGUCUUCAACGAGGCCCACAUCGACAGUUUCUCCGGCGCCCGACUCGCCAACCAAUUCCGGCGCCGCGAAAACUACGCCGGCGUCCUGAUCCCCAGUCUCGGCCCGGAUGGCAUCCGCAUGAUGGACCGCGAUGGCAACCUUUUCGACCGCAUGAUCCCGAGGGGGUCGUCGUGGUUCACCGAGACGGGGGGAGAUAGGGAGGGGGAGGCUUCGGGGGCGCACCCGAGGAGACAGCUGAUGCGGUUUAGGGAGCUGGAAUUCCUGAGGGAUAGGCCGGAGACUAGGCCUCCUAGGUCUCCGAGAGGUCCUGAGACGCCUAGACAGAGGGAGAGGCGGGGCUCUACUAGGGAGCCGGAGGAGAGGGGUCGACAGAGGACGAGUCCGGAGUCUCCUCCGCCUACUAGGGAGAGGAGAGGUUCCAGAGAUCCUCAGCCUCCUAGUGAGCCGAGAGGUUCGAGAGAUCCUCGGCCUCCUACGUCUCGCAGAGAAUCGAGAGGUCCUCAGCCUCCUACGUCUCGGGGAGAGUCGAGAGAUCCGCAGCCUCCUAGGUCUCUAGAAGUUUCGUUGACUCCUCGGCCUCCUAGGGAGCGGAGAGGUUCUAGAGAUCCUCAACCUCCUACGUCUCGGAGAGAGUCGAGAGGUCCUGAGCCUCCUUAUCAUCCAAGAGAUUCGCUAGAUCGUUCGCUUCCAAGGCGUCCGAGGUCUCCAGAGGGUCUUCAGGCUCCUAGACGGUUGAGGUGGGCUGGGAAUCGGAGAGAACCAAUAGAUCCGAGGGAUCCUCAGUAUGCUCAAUUUCCGAACGAUUGGAGGAAUCCUGAGCUCCUUCGCGCACCGAGGAGAUGGGGCGACCAUCCCGAGGACAAGAAUAGGAAUAGCAAUUUGUUCUAG